GAUCACCAUAACCAAUUCUACAAAACCCAUCAGCCAAUCUUGGACGUCUACCGACCCAAUCUCCGACCCCAUCACCGGAAAAAUGGAAGCGAGUGCAGGGCUGGUCGCUGGAUCGCACAACCGCAAUGAGCUUGUUGUCAUCCAUGGUCACGAAGAGCCCAAGCCAUUGAAGUCAUUGAAUGGUAUGGUUUGCGAGAUCUGCGGCGACGAGGUGGGGGUAACAGUGGAUGGGGAUCUUUUUGUUGCAUGCAAUGAAUGUGGUUUUCCGGUGUGCCGGCCAUGCUAUGAAUAUGAGAGGAGAGAAGGGACCCAGUUGUGCCCACAGUGCAAGACCCGGUACAAGCGGCUCAAAGGGAGCCCCCGAGUGGAGGGAGACGAUGAUGAAGAAGACAUCGAUGAUAUCGAGCACGAAUUCAAUAUUGAUGACCAAAAGAACAAAGAGAAACAUCUAGCAGAAGCGAUGCUCUAUGGGAAGAUGAGCUAUGGCAGAGGUCCAGACGACAAUGAAAGCACCCAAUUCCCUCCAAUCAUAACCAAUGCAAGAUCUCGACCAGUCAGUGGCGAGUUCCCGCUGCCUAAUCAUCAUGGAGAACAGAUACUCUCAUCGUCACUCCACAAGCGUGUGCAUCCUUACCCGGUGUCAGAGCCUGGAAGCGCGAAAUGGGAUCAGAACAAAGAGGGCGGCUGGAAAGACAGGAUGGACGAGUGGAAAUCGAAGCAAGGAGGAAUUCUAGGACCCGACCCAGAUGAUGUUGAUGCGGACAUGUCCUUGAUGGAUGAGGCAAGACAGCCAUUGUCAAGGAAAGUACCGAUUGCUUCGAGCAAGCUCAAUCCCUACAGAAUGGUGAUUGUGAUCCGGUUGGUGGUCCUCGCCGUCUUCCUCCGAUAUAGAAUCCUGCAUCCGGUGCAUGAUGCUAUCGGGCUCUGGCUCACCUCUAUUGUUUGCGAGAUCUGGUUCGCUUUCUCUUGGAUCCUCGAUCAGUUCCCCAAAUGGUUCCCAAUCGACCGUGAGACUUAUCUUGACCGCCUAUCUCUCAGAUAUGAAAGAGAAGGUGAGCCGUCGAUGCUUGCUCCUGUGGAUAUCUUCGUCAGCACUGUCGAUCCCUUGAAGGAACCUCCUCUUGUUACAGGGAAUACAGUGCUUUCGAUCUUAGCCAUGGAUUAUCCGGUCGACAAGGUCUCCUGCUAUGUCUCUGAUGAUGGAGCAUCCAUGCUCACAUUUGAAUCACUCUCUGAGACUGCUGAAUUUGCUCGUAAAUGGGUUCCGUUCUGCAAGAAAUUCAGCAUCGAGCCCCGAGCGCCAGAAAUGUAUUUUUCGCUCAAGAUGGAUUAUCUCAAGGACAAAGUUCAGCCUACUUUCGUUAAGGAACGAAGAGCUAUGAAGAGAGAAUAUGAAGAAUUCAAGGUACGGAUCAACGCUCUGGUUGCCAAGGCCAUGAAAGCUCCUCCAGAAGGCUGGAUCAUGCAAGACGGCACCCCGUGGCCUGGUAACAAUACCCGUGAUCAUCCGGGAAUGAUCCAAGUCUUCUUGGGCCACAGUGGAGGUCUGGACACUGAAGGAAAUGAGCUACCUCGCCUCGUUUACGUCUCUAGAGAGAAGAGACCUGGAUUUCAGCAUCACAAGAAAGCUGGUGCCAUGAAUGCGCUGAUUCGCGUUUCAGCAGUGCUCACCAAUGCUCCUUUCAUGCUGAACUUGGACUGUGAUCAUUACAUAAACAACAGCAAGGCUGUCAGGGAGGCAAUGUGUUUCUUGAUGGACCCACAGAUCGGAAGAAAGGUGUGCUAUGUCCAGUUCCCUCAAAGGUUCGACGGCAUUGAUCGGAAUGAUCGAUAUGCCAAUCGGAACACUGUCUUCUUCGACAUCAACAUGAAAGGACUGGAUGGUAUACAGGGUCCAGUGUAUGUCGGCACUGGUUGUGUUUUCAGAAGACAAGCUCUAUAUGGGUAUGAACCUCCCAAGGGUCCUAAACGUCCGAAAAUGGUCAGUUGUGACUGUUGCCCAUGCUUUGGACGCCGCAAGAAGCUCCCAAAGUAUUCCACAAGUGGAAAGAACCAGCAUGAAGGAGAUGCAUCUGGACCAAGCUUUCAAGACGACGACAAGGAACUGUUGAUGUCACAGAUGAACUUUGAGAAGAGAUUUGGACAGUCCGCAACAUUCGUGACGUCGACUCUGAUGGAUGAAGGCGGAGUACCUCCAUCAUCAGGUCCUGCCGCUCUGCUCAAAGAAGCUAUUCAUGUCAUCAGCUGUGGAUAUGAAGAUAAAACUGACUGGGGAAAGGAGCUUGGUUGGAUUUAUGGGUCGAUCACAGAAGACAUUCUAACAGGAUUCAAGAUGCAUUGCCGCGGUUGGAGGUCCAUAUACUGCAUGCCCAAGAGGCCUGCAUUCAAAGGUUCAGCGCCCAUCAACUUGUCGGAUCGCCUCAAUCAGGUUCUCCGGUGGGCCCUUGGUUCUGUCGAGAUCUUCUUCAGUCGCCACAGUCCUGUCUGGUAUGGCUACAAGGGUGGCCACCUGAAGUGGCUUGAGCGAUUUGCUUAUGUCAACACCACCAUCUACCCCUUCACCUCCCUCCCUCUCGUUGCAUAUUGCACCCUCCCUGCCAUUUGCUUGCUCACCGGAAAAUUCAUCAUGCCCACGAUUAGCACAUUUGCGAGCCUCUUCUUCAUAUCGCUAUUUAUCUCCAUUUUCACCACUGGCAUCUUAGAGCUAAGGUGGAGUGGGGUGAGCAUUGAGGAAUGGUGGAGGAAUGAACAGUUUUGGGUCAUCGGUGGUGUGUCGGCCCACCUCUUCGCUGUCAUCCAAGGCCUUCUCAAGGUCUUGGCUGGGAUCGACACUAACUUCACCGUCACUUCCAAGGCUACCGACGAUGAGGAGUUCGGUGAACUAUACGCAUUCAAAUGGACCACCCUUUUGAUCCCUCCCACCACUCUACUGAUCAUCAACCUUGUGGGAGUCGUCGCCGGGAUAUCUGAUGCCAUAAACAAUGGGUACCAGUCAUGGGGCCCACUCUUCGGAAAGCUCUUCUUUGCAUUCUGGGUCAUCGUCCAUCUCUAUCCAUUCCUCAAGGGUCUUAUGGGCCGGCAGAACCGGACCCCCACCAUUGUCAUCAUCUGGUCUGUGCUUCUAGCAUCAAUUUUCUCAUUACUCUGGGUACGGAUCGAUCCCUUCAUCAUGAAAACCAAGGGCCCAGAUGUUAAACAAUGUGGAAUCAACUGCUAAUAUUUUUUCGCGACGAAACCUCUUUAAACAUGUUUGGGUUUUUGUGCCUUUUGGGUUUGAGGGUAGCUUUCAGCUAAGCUAAGGUACACACCUCAACAAAAUGGAGUAGCUGAAAGAAAAAUAAAACCGAGAUGGAAUUUUUGUAAGUGUAAUACAUGUGUAUUAAAUUUUAGUACAUGGAUUUGAUGAACAUGCUCGUUAAGAUACUCAAAACAAUCGUUGUUAGUGUAAAUCCACAGAAUUAUCAAUGGUUGAAAUUGAAUUUGUGUG